CCCCUCCCCCGCUUGUUCAUUUCCCCCUUCCCUACGCUCCUCCGUUUGCCCCAUUCCGUUUGUUCUUCUCCAAGGUCACCACCACACCACCACCAUCACCAUCUCCCUGGCGUCUUGUCGCGUUGGUCUUCUUCAUGCCAACCGCGUGCCAUGGCGAAGCUGGCGGCUCGCGACCAUGUCGACCGGUUUCUGCGACGAGAGCUCAGCGCGAGUGAGUACCGCGCCAGCGUGGUGCUCUUCGAACCUGUGGUCUGCGUCAUUGAUGGUCGCAAGAAGACCGUUCGCUGGUUCGUCCUCACCAGCACAGAGGCCCUGCUGCUCGACAACCCGCCGCGCAAGAUUGUGCAGCGUGUGGCCCUUGAGACCAUCAAGGCAGUCAGCGUGGACGAGCGGCUCCCCAGCUUCUUGUCAAAGGACAUUGGCGACCGCGCCCAGCACAUCGGUCUGCACAUCGCGCACCAGCUGCCGCUGCACACAAACCAAAGCAGCGCGAGCAGCUCCCGGCAUGCCAGCCGAGCAGCGCUUCCGGUCGUGGAGGUGCACCCGCCGUCUCCCGUCCCCGCUGCAGCAAAAGCGCAGGCACGCCGGGGCAGCCGAGGCGCCACGCCAACCAACGCCACAUCCAGCCGUGACGCUUCAGCAUCCCGAGCCAGCGGCAGCGUGGACAGGAACCACACCAGCAACCGCCUCUCAGGCCCGCGCAGCAGCCGCAGCAGCCACACUGCGACCACCAAAGGCGAGGGCCACCGCGCUAGCUUGACCCUCGCACCACCCACACCAACAACAACAAGAACCGCAUCCUCGGCGUCGUUGCCGGCCUCCCCAAAGUCGUUGUCCCCGCUCGUGUCGCGACGUGUAAGGCCCACAAACACUCCCCUGGCGUCAUCAACAGCACCUACGGCCCAGUCAUCACCGCCUUCAGUGUCUGCCCCAUCCAAUCUGCAAGCGCCAUCACCCUCCACCCCGCGCCGGCUCACGCUAUGGCGCAGCAAGGGCCAGCCUGCGCCCAUCCCAGGAGACGCGCAGCCAGCGUCCACACAGGGAUCCACGUAUAUGCCUGCGCGCAUGCGCACACGUACACGGAAAGGUCAGAACAAGCAUGACGUGAAUCAAGGCCAGCACAGCAGGACCAGUCCAAGUAUCGCCACGUUGUCGCCGUCGCCCGACCCGUCGCGACAUCCGAGUAGCAGCCAACGUGCGCGGCGCGUUUCGUUAUCCCCGACCAUGCUCAACCCCGCCCAUGACUUUGACGUCAGUGCUUACACCGCCAACAACAGCAGCAGGAGGAGGGAUUCCUUCUCGCCAGCAGGAUCGGCGUCGGUGCCAUCGUCUUGUCCGAGAUCGCGGCCAAUGCCGUCGCUGUCGCCGCUGCACAACGCAUCUCCAUCUCCAUCGCCAGCAUCGUCCUCAUCGUCGUCGCCGUCCCACCACCCUGCUCGCCCACAUCCCCGCCGCCACACCCUGUCAUCGACCGUGACUGCAACGCCAGGCUCAACAACAACAACAGCAGCAGCAGCAACAACAACAACAACAACAGCAGCAGCAGCAGCAACGGCAGCACAAUCCCCAUCACAAUCAGUAGCAUUGCCACCAGCGACGUCAUCGUCCCCAACGUCGCUUGCACGGCUGGUCAUUCGUCAGGGCCGCGACCGCAACAGCAGCACAGUAUCCACGCGCGCAUCCGUUGACCUGACACCCACUGGCACGGCCCCCAAUACCAGCACGACAACAAGGGGAACGGCAGUCCCGCCUACCACAGGCGUCUUGGGCAGCCUGGCGCACCCACCGCCAUCGCCGCCGCCACCACCACCACCAUCGUCGUCGUCAUCGUCGUCGUCGCCCGCGUCACCACAGAGCAGGCGGCGCAUUAGCACGGCGUCAACGGCAUCAACAGCAUCAAGUACGCUGCCGUCGGCACACGACAGAGGGCAGCAGCUUGCGUCUGCCGCGCGCCUCAGCACGUCGCUGGUCAGCCUGGCCCCUUCCAUCUCGUCCCGCGCGAGCACCAGCAGCGCCAGCACAAGCAGCAGCGGCGUGUGGAGCGGCGAUGAGGCAGACGCAGGGCAAGCAGUGACGCGCAUGGACCUGUAUACCCUGGCAGCGACUUCCGCGCUUCCAGCCAUAUUCUGCCAUCAUCAAGAAGAGCUGGCGCUCACCACGCUCGCCACCGCCACCACGCAUCCCCCACACGGCCAUGAUGCAGCGACCACGCACGCAGAUGGUGGAAGAAACGGGAAACACACCAGCUACAGCAACGAUCACUGCAGUGGCAGCAGCAUUGGUGGUGGUGAGCACUGGCUCCCGUGCUCUGUUGGUGCGCUGUGCUCACCAUCACUCGACCCCAACAAGGCAACAGCGGCGUUUCGGCGCAUCGCCCAUGCACUGCUGAGCGAGGCAGACGUGUCUGCCAAAACCUCGGAGCUGGACACGCUGUCAACGCUACUGCGGCAAAGCACGAGCGUGCGCCGCCUGUUCUGGAAGGAGCAUCACCUCGCAGGCCAUCUCAUUGCGUAUGCUCGCAGUGCAUGCCGCUGGCUGCACAGGCGCGCACUCGCUCAACAUGACAACCACAGCAGCCACAGCAGCCACAGCAGCCAUCUCAGCAGCACCAGCAACAGCACCAGCAGCAACAGCAAUCACGAUCACCACGACGCUACCAGCUGGUGCUCUGGUGGUGGUACACACGACGAUGAGCAGGAGGAAGAGGAGAUUAUGGACACGCUCGAAUCCCUGGCGCUGGUGCUGGAUGUGCUGGUACAGGCGGUGCGGUGGUCUGCGGCCUUGCCAGAGUUUUCCGCUGCUGUUGUCUCCAUGGUCACGCGCAGUCGCGUGUGCGCACCAACGGCCUCUCCGCGCCAGCACACGCCGCACCACCACCACACCCUCCACCAUCACGACCGUCACGACCGUCACCACCGGCAUGACCAGCACCAGCGCGAGCAGCGCAGCAACAGCAGCAGGUCGUCAUCCCUGGUGCCAUCGCCGCAACCACCGCAGACACCACCAGCGGCAGUGGCGUGUGGCCCGGCUUUGGCGGACGUGUGUGCAGCGGUGCCUGCGAUGACGGGGACGCUGCUGCGUGCAUGGCCAUACCCCGAGCUGCUGCUGCCGCUGGCGCGGGACGCCAAGUACGGUGCCCUCGAGCUGGCAGAUGCACUCACCUCCGCCGCAGCAGCGAGCGCAGGGGCAGGGAUGGUUGAUGCAGCAGCCGCGUGCUCGUCAUCAUCGGCGUCACCGCCAACUGCUGUGGCGUCGUCACCGCCACCAGCACGCCGGCGCCGAAGCAGCCGUGUGGGCAGCAGGCUGCGACAGGAGGGCAGGCCGUCGCUCUCGGGUGCCCAUCGAGGCAGCAGUGGCGGCAACGGUGGCGGUGGCGGUGGCGGUGCGUAUCACAGCCAUGCGCUGCGCGUGUGGUUGUGGUCUGCUGUGGGGCGGCAGGACCGCACGCGAGCACAGCGGACACCCGAUGGCAGAGGCAGCAGCGUGAGCAGCAACACGAGUACCGACAGCGCAAACAGUAUCCACUUUGGCAGCACCCAUGGCAGCAGCAGUGCAAGCUAUGAUGGCAGUGAGACACCAACCCCAUCCUCCCCGUCCUCGCUGCCCACGUCGUCAUCAUCACCAACCCCUGCCUCAUCGCCAUGGUCCGCAACCUCCAGCACUGUCACUGCUGUUGGGAGCGGUGGCGGUGAAGCGAGCCGUCCCUUGGCCACAACACGGCUGGCGCUGCUUGACUUUGCUGCUCGGUUCGUCAUGCGCACCUUUGAUAUCGCGCGCGCGUGUGCACGGGAGGCGCUAUCCUCACCGCCACCGCCAUCAUCGUCGUCACCCCUGUCGCUGUCGUCGUCGCCGUUACCGACGGUGUCCUCUUCCCGCCAGGGCCGCCGCUCCUCCGUGCUUGUAGAGCAGCAGGACGCAGCGGCAGCAGCCGCGAUGCUGGACACUGCGACGGUUGCCCGCUGCUACCGUGCACUGCGCGUGCUGGUUGCGUGUCUGUCGCAGGCCGCAUCUCGCGAUGUUGCUGCGCAGACGUUCCUGCACACACACGGCACACGGCUUCGCUUCUCGCUUUCGCGGUGUGCGGGCUCCUGGGGCGCCACCUUGCUCACGGCGCUUGCGUACAGUGCUGCCGCCACCACCGCUGCCGCUGGAGGUGGUCAGUAUGGAGACGAGCGGGAGCUGCUUGCUGCACACUGGCCGCGUGUUCUGCCGAUGGUUGAAGCGCUGCUGUGCAACUCGUUUGACGACACGAUCGCAGACCUCGAGCACGCCAUGGCGCGCCUCGCAGCAUGACAUACGUGUGUGUGCGU